ACUUUAAAACAAUACUGAUAAGUAGAAGAACUGAAGCGUAUGGACCAAGUUCAUUCUGCUAGGCAUGGCUUCCUCUCUGCUUCCCUUUCUCUUGUGCUCACUGAUUCUGUUACCCAUCUGUGUUUUAUCACAAACCAGAAGCAGCAUAACCAUUGGUGAUUCUCUUAAUGCUGGAAAAAGCACUUCCCCUUGGGUGGUUUCACCUUCUGGUGAAUUUGCCUUUGGGUUUCUCCAACUUAAGAACAGUACUGAUGACCUUUUCUUGCUUUCAACUUGGUAUGCCAAGAUUCCAGAGAAGACCAUUGUCUGGUAUGCUGACAAAGGCAACCCUGCUCCAAGGGGCUCAAAGGUGGUGCUCAGUGGUGAAGGAUUAGUGCUCACUGCUCCCAGUGGUGAGCAGUUAUGGAACACUUGGGAAAUUAGUGCUGGAGUUUCUCUUGGUUUGUUGAAUGACACUGGCAACUUUGUGCUUGAGGAUGGUAACUCCAACCCUGUCUGGGAGAGUUUCAAGGAUCCUAGAGACACCUUGUUGCCCUCUCAGGUUCUUGAUAAGGGUGGAGAGCUUUCUUCAAGGCUCAGGGACACAAAUUUCAGCAAGGGAAGGUUUGAGCUCCUUUUUCAAGAUGAUGGAAACCUUGUGAUACAUUCUAUAAAUUUGCCAUCUGGGUAUGUCAAUGAAAACUACUAUGAAAGUGGAACCACAGGAUCCAGCUCAUCAAGUCCUGGAACAAAACUGAUCUUUGACAGAUCAGGGGAUUUGUAUGUUUUGAGAGAGAACAAUAAAAAGUAUAAGGUGUCAGAGGGAGAGAGUACAGUAUCUACUACUCAGUUUUAUCUUCGAGCAACUCUUGAUUUUGAUGGGGUGCUCACACUCUAUCUGUAUCCGAAGAAUUCAACUGGGGGUGGAGGUUGGACUCAAGUGUGGUCUAAACCAGAUAAUAUCUGCAAUUACAUUGUUUCUGGAGGUAGUGGCAUUUGUGGAUAUAACAGCUACUGCACCUUGAGUGAAGAUAAGAGGCCAAAAUGUCAGUGCCCAAAAAGAUACUCACUGGUUGAUCCUAAUGAUCCUUAUGGAAGCUGCAAGCCUGAUUUUAUCCAGGGGUGUGCAGAAGAUGAACUCAGUCACCAGAAAGACCUCUAUGACUAUGAGGUUUUGAUAGAUACUGAUUGGCCUCUUUCCGAUUCUGUGCUUCAAAAGCCUUUCACUGAAGAACAGUGCAGGAAGUCUUGUAUGGAAGAUUGUUUGUGUUCUGUUGCCAUUUUCAGGGCAGGUGAUAGCUGCUGGAAGAAGAAAAUGCCACUUUCAAAUGGGAGAGUUGAUGCCACUCUAAAUGGUGCUAAGGCCUUGUUGAAAGUAAGGAAAGACAAUUCCUCUCUUGAUGUUCCUCCAAUUCCUUUUCCCAUCAUCGUAAACAAGAACAGGAACACUUUAGCUUUGGUUGGGUCUGUGCUUUUGGGUACCUCUGCUUUUCUCAAUGUUGUAUUGAUUGGAGCAAUAUGCUUCAGCACUUUCUUUAUUCUUCAGUACAAGAAGAAGCUUAGAAAAGGUACUACUGGUAGUGGUGUUCAACUUGAAACAAAUUUGUGUUGCUUCACUUACCAGGAGCUGGAGGAAGCCACCAACGGGUUCAACAAAGAGCUAGGAAGGGGAGCUUUUGGUGUUGUUUAUGAAGGAGUCCUGAACAUGGGUUCCACAAUAACUCGUGUCGCGGUGAAAAAGUUGAACAAUUUCCUCUUGGAAGAGGUUCACAAGGAGUUCAAGAAUGAGUUGAAUGCCAUUGGUCUUACUCACCACAAGAACCUGGUUCGUUUAAUUGGAUUCUGUGAGGCAGGAUCUGAGCGUUUACUAAUUUAUGAGUACAUGAGCAAUGGCACUUUGGCAAGUUUUCUUUUCAAUGGGGGAAAAAGAAAACCCAGUUGGAAACUGAGGCUACAAAUUGCAAUUGAGAUUUCUAGAGGACUUGCGUAUUUACAUGAAGAGUGCGGCACAAAGAUCAUCCACUGUGACAUAAAGCCUCAGAACAUACUCCUUGAUGAUUCCUACAGUGCAAGAAUAUGCGACUUUGGAUUGGCCAAGCUCUUGAAGAUGAACCAGAGCAGAACCAACACUGCCAUAAGGGGAACAAAAGGGUAUGUUGCACUUGAAUGGUUCAAAAACAUGCCUAUCACGGCUAUGGUGGAUGUCUUUAGUUAUGGGGUGCUGCUACUAGAGAUAGUUUCCUGCAGAAGAAGUGUAGAAGCGGAGCCAGAAGAUGAAGCAAAAGCAAUCCUAACAGAUUGGGCUUAUGACUGCUACAACGAUGGUGCUUUAUUUGCCUUGGUUGAGGGUGAUCAGGAGGCAUUGGAGGAUGAGAAGAACUUGGAGAAGUUGGUGAUGAUUGCUAUUUGGUGUGUUCAAGAGGAUCCGGGUCUUAGACCCACCAUGAGAACUGUGACGCUUAUGCUUGAAGGUAUUGUUGAAGUGUCAGUUCCACCAUGUCCCUCACCAAUUAGUAUUCAGUAUUCUCUAGAUUAAUCAGUUGGUAAGCUAGAUUGUCAGGUUGUGCUCUCCUUUGCAGUGUUAUCUUAUUUGAAUUGUAUAAUUUGCACUCAAGUCAGCCCAAAAUCAGAGAGAAAGUUCAAAGUCUUACAAUAGCAGUAUGUAAGCAAUGAGCAAUGCUUGAGUGAUGGAAUGAUCAAAGUUCAAACCUGUAUUUAUAGUGCUUGACAUGAGUAAUAAUGGUGUUUUAACCUUUGUUAAGUCU